AUGGCCCCUGCAGAUGUCCUAGCACGCAGCACACCAGUGGCUAUCGCUCCAGCGCCCGGGUCAACAGUUCUCGGCGGGAAUGGGGUUUCAUCUCAAACUACGAUGCUUUAUGCCUGCAAUUCCUGUGCAAAGCGCAAAGUUAAAUGCAAUAAGGAAACGCCAAUAUGUUCUAGCUGCCGUAGAGGCAAGCUCUCGUGCUGCUAUCAGGCGCCUCAGUCUGUACCGCGCAAGAGAAAGCUGAGUGACGGUGUUCUUGAAAAACUCGCUCAAUAUGAGCGUAUCCUUCGGCAGCAUGACCUCCUAGACGCUGACACGGUAAUCUUUGCUGGAGAGAAAGCACCGCAUGAACCAGCUACUUUCCAUCCGCAGCUAACAAGGAAGGGAAAGCUUCUAGCCAGUCAUGGUAAGUCUAGAUACAUGGACAGCAAUAUCUUGCACAGCCUAGGAUAUGAUGGGGUGCAAGCUAUGUCCGAUGAUGACCAAGAGGAGGAUCAAAUCCUCGUAGAUGGUGUCACCCCAGAUCCUUUGACGGGUGCAUUGAUAAAUACUCAUCAAAGCCUUGUCCAAUAUCAUCCGACCCACACUACGGCUAUGGUACUGUUCCAAACGCAUAUUGAGAAUGUAGAGCCUCUUUGCAAGAUUCUCCAUAUUCCGUCGGCCGCAAAACUGAUUCAGGUAGCUUCACAGCAGCCUACACUUGUGUCGAAGUCUGAUGAGUGCUUAAUGUUUGCUAUAUAUCAUUUCGCGGUUUUUUCCAUGACAGAGGAGGACUGUGGUCAAAGGUUAGGGCAGUCGCGCGCCAUAUUGAUGCAACGCUAUCGCUUUGCGGCGCAGCAAGCCCUAGUCAAUGCAUCCUUUCUCAAAACCACUGAGAUGCCGGUACUACAAGCACUCGUUCUUUUCCUAAUUCCCUGUCAAUACCAUUAUGAUUCACAGACAUUUUGGGUUUUGACAGGGGUUGCAGUUCGAAUUGCCCAACGCAUGGGACUUCAUCGCGAUGGGGAAAAACUUGGUCUGCCACCAUUUGAUGUGCAAAUGAGACGGCGAUUGUUUUACCAACUACUGCCUCUGGAAGGGACCGCUUGUCAAUUAUCAGGGGCUGAGAUGCCAACCAUCCCUGUCACGUGGGACGUGCAAUCGCCUCUCAACUUAAACGAUGAUCACAUUUGGCCGGGAAUGGCAGAGAUGCCAGAAGAACAAAAGGGUGCAACUGAGAUGAUCUUCUGCCUAUUACGCUUACGUAUUGGAACAUAUCUUUCCCGGUUGGGAGGACCCUCCAACGAUACAAAUUCCUGGCAGUUUAAAGACCUCCACGAGGCCGAAUUAGCCAUUGAUGAAACUGAAAGCGAAAUUGAGAAGAAAUUUAUCCGCUACUGUGAUAUCGUCAACCCGCUACACUUUUUGGCUAUAGGCUCUGCCAGGUCAGGGAUUACCGCCAUGCGCCUUCGGAUUGGACUGUCCAAAAUCAGGAACGAGACAGCUACAAAUGCAGAGCGGAGGGAAUUAUUCCAACAUGCCCAAAAGAUUCUCGACAGCGACACGGCAAUUUACACCCAUCCCGGUCUUCAGAAAUACCGAUGGUUUGUGAGGUCUUUUUUCCUAUGGGGUACGUGGGAUUCAUUGAUUUUCGUCCUGACUAGCUUCUGCAAAAACUACGAUACUUUGCUGGAGACGGAAAAAGAGUCUGCUUGGAAGAAAGUAGAACAAAUCUACCAGAGUCACUAUGAGAUAAUAGAUUCAAAGCGAGUGCUGCAUGUAGCGCUUAGAUGCCUCACACUGAAAGCUUGGGAUAUCCACGGAUCGCACAGUCUUGCUGUGGAACCGACCUUUAUCGCGACCUUGCAACCAAGCAAUGAAACAGGGCAUGAGAACGAACCUACACAGCUUAGAUACAUUUUCAACUUCGCCGAGCAAUUGGUUGAUCUCAAUCCAGAUAUCGAUUUCGAUUUUGACCCUGCCAACUGGUUAGUCUGGGAUCAGCUGAUCCAGGAUCAUCAAGUGCAAGAUGGACAGCAGCCAGGAUAA